AUGGACACCGAGCAUCGGGUCAUUCUCAACGUUGGUGGUAUACGACAUGAGACCUACACACAUGUACUGAAAAAGAUUCCUGCCACCAGGCUGUCGAGGUUGACACCGAAUCUUGCCAACUAUGAUCCGGUGCUGAAUGAAUACUUCUUCGACCGACAUCCUGGUGUAUUUUCGAUGAUAUUGAAUUACUAUAGGACAGGUAAACUCCACUAUCCAACAAAUGUCUGUGGACCAUUGUUCGAGGAAGAGUUGGAAUUCUGGGGACUAGAUGCUAAUCAGGUCGAGCCUUGCUGUUGGAUGACGUAUACGCAACACAGAGAUACACAGGACACUUUAGCCGUGAUCGAGUCAUUAGAUCUAGAUGGUGAUCCUCCGACUCAGGAAGAGGUGAGGAGUGUUUCAUUA